CUUUUUUCUUUUAAUUAUUUUAUUUUAUUUUCCUUUAUUUUUAUUUUCAUUUUCUUUUAUUUUAUUUUUUUUAAAAAAAUAAAAAUAAAAAGACACACAUAUAAAGUCAAUUUGUUGCUUUUGAAUGAAAUAGAAUGCCAAUGACAGAUCUUAGGGGUGACAAUGUCGAAACGAAUGAUUACAAUAAAAAAGAGAGUCUUACGACUAAACAAAGAUUAUUACAAUCAAAUAGAACAGUGAUAGCUGCUUCCAGUGCAGCAGUAACAUCUGUUUUGGCAGGUUUUCCUUUUGAUUCCGUCAAGACUCGUAUGCAAACCCAUUAUUAUCCAUCUAUGAUGUCAUGUGUUCGAACCACGUUUGCAGAGGAAGGUGCUCGAGGAUUUUUUCGAGGCAUGAUUCCGCCCUUGAUAACAGUUAGUAUCAUUAAAUCGGUUUCCUUUUCUGUUUAUGAAAGUACAAAACAAGCCCUGCUUAAAAGCAAACAGGGAUUUACAAAGGAUACAGAAUUAUCAGAAAUAACAAAAAUAUCAUUUUUAAGCGGAGGUGUAAGUGGGGCCUUUAUUGCCUUGUUAAGCUGUCCUUUAGAACUAGUCAAGAUUCAACGUCAAUUAGAACAAAUUUUAUUAAAAAAUAGUCAACAACAAAUGACCAAUGUCCAAGCUUCAAGUUGGUAUGCAGUCAAACAAAUUGUAAAAAAGAAAGGCCUAUUUGGAUUAUGGUCAGGAUUAACAUGCCAUUCUGCUCGUGAUGCAUUAGGCACAAGUAUUUAUUUUGCUGGUUAUGAAACAAUGAAACGAACUCUGUCGACAAGAGUAGAUGGACCAUUAACGCAUUUUAUGUCUGGAGGCUUUUGUGGUAUUCUGAGUUGGUUAUUUGUAUUUCCAGUAGAUGCAAUCAAGACAAAUCUACAAAAGGACAUUAUGAUGACAAAGCCUAGAUAUCAUGGAUUUAUAGAUUGUGCAAUAUCAUUGGUUAAAAUGAAUGGAUUAAAAGGCUUAUAUCGUGGCCUCAACGUAACUUUAAUUAGAGCUUUUCCGAUUCACUCACUUAACUUUUUAGUUUAUGAGCAGGUUCUCAAAUCUAUACCACCCUCUCAAUAAUGUAGACUUUAUUUACACAUAUAAAUUAUAUAACUUUUGAAGCUUAUUUUAUUUAUCGGUCAGUCAGUUCAUACUAGUAAAAAUAAUAACAAAAAAAAAAAAUUGUAUUUAGAUACACG